AUGCUGAUCGCGUUGUUGUUCAUCUUUCUUAUUUCAAUCUGUGAUGCUCAGCAGACUUGUGAAGUAUGUGUGAAGGUGCUUACGGAUGCGAUGACCAAGGUUCCUGACGCAGAAAAGUCGAAGCCGGAUUCACUUGCCAGGAUUAUUCGUGAACACUGUGAGAGCAGCAAACUCAAAGACCACAAGUUUUGCUUCUACAUUGGAGCUCUGCCAGAGUCAGCAACUUCGAUGAUGGCAGACGUAACGAAACCAUUAUCGUGGUCCAUGCCGCCGGAGAAAGUCUGUGAGAAAUUGAAAGCCAAGGAUGCUCAGAUAUGUGAGCUGAAAUAUGACAAACCGUUGGAUUGGAAGACCAUUGAUCUCAAGAAGAUGCGCGUUAAAGAACUCAAAAACAUUCUGAACGAAUGGGGAGAGAUACAGAAUUCGGCGAUCUUUUGGACACUUGUUGUUUUUCGCCAUGGAUGGUCAUCUAGGUAA